UUUAAUAUUGCGGUCUUACGCGAUAAGGAAAAAUGAUGUCAAAUAGUUUUAAACUCACUUCUAGGCUUCACUUGGAAUAGUGGUUGUUAAAGGACAUGUGUAUCCAAUAAUGAAUCCAUACUGUCUGCUUGGAAGUGCUGACGGCUGUGAUGUAAUAGUUAAAGACACGAUUCCGACGCAUUUUCAAAUAGAGUUUAAUUCUGAGAAGCAGGCAUUCCUCAGAUGUUUCAAACCAGUUACUCUCGAUGGACAAGUCGUCAGCGGUGUGGCCCUUCUUCCCGAUGUUGCGGUCAUAUUAAUAAAUGGAAAAGAGUUCCAAUUUCUAAAACAGGUUCUGCGAACAGAGAAAAGAAUAAAACCGGUCGAGGAAGCUCUGAGGUUCGUUUUAGGACAACAUGAUCCUGAAGAUAUAUGCGAAAAAUAUAUCAACGACUUUAUAGGUCGAGGUGUUUUUGCGAAAAAAAUUAUCAGAAAUGGAAAAUUCCUUGCGGAAUACCAUGGCGUUUUAUCCAAAGCUGACGACGUGAAGGACAAAGAUACAAACUACACAUAUUUCUUUGACUUUAAUGGUGUCAAGUACUGCUUUGAUGCCUCAGAGGAACCAAAACUGUAUCAACCAUCGUUAGGACGGCUAAUAAAUCAUGCAGACAAAAAAACAACAGAGAAAUUCAAGAAUAACAGUCAUUGGUGCGAAUGGGGUUCCUCAUCUUGUACUGUUUGCGACUAGAUUUGACUUGUAAUGAAAACUGCGACGAUGGGUCAGUUCAGUCUCCUGUAGAACGCAGAACGUGUGAAUACCAAAGGAAGGUCUGUAGUUCGAUUGGUCAUGAGAACAACAACAGUGGUGUAACAUCGGCUUCCAAACGCAAAGCAGAAUUUCCAGUACAAACAGGCAAAAAGAUCAAGGUCGUUUCUUGGACAGAGGAGCAGUUAGAGGUCAUGCAAAGGUCAUUCGCCAAAAUUCUCCGCUGCUUAAGAGUUCCUAACAAGGAGGAAUGCGAACAAGCAAGGAAAAAUGAGAGCCUGUUGCUUUCUCGUGACUGGAAGAUCAUCAAAUUCCGUGUCCAUCAUGAAAUACAGAUUAAAGAAAAAAAUGAAGUCAGUCUGAAAAAAAAAUUAACAGAAAAAGAAACAUACGUUAAACUUGCAAUGAAA